ACUACCCAGAGAUUCAUUUGUACCAGGGACGGAGGGAGAGAGGAGAGGGAGGAGGGGACACACACACACACACUGAGAGACAGAGAGAGAGAGAGAGAGAGAGAGAGAGAGAGAGAGAGAGAGAGAGAGAGAGAGAGAGAGAGAGAGAGGGAAGAGAGAGAGAUCGUUCCAGCUGCUCUCGCUAGAGAAAGGGAGUGACCCAAGGGGCCGCGAGUGAAGGGACAGGAUGGCUUAGGUACCUCUGCCCACAGGACCCCACGACAGGGAGAGGUUCCAGCUACAGCUCCUCCGUGGGGUCAUGGCAGGGGCUGGGGAGUCCCCUCAAAAGCCCUGAGCGCCCCCUGCACCGCCGCUAAGGGACACCCCAGAAGUUAGCAUCAGUGGGACUCGGAAGCUCCGAUCUCAACAACAUCCCAGCUAUGGCUGGCGAUUCUAGGAAUGCCAUGAACCAGGACAUGGAGAUUGGAGUCACUCCCUGGGACCCCAAGAAGAUUCCAAAACAGGCCCGCGAUUAUGUCCCCAUUGCCACAGACCGUACGCGCCUGCUGGCCGAGGGCAAGAAGCCACGCCAGCGCUACAUGGAGAAGAGCGGCAAGUGCAACGUGCACCACGGCAACGUCCAGGAGACCUACCGGUACCUGAGUGACCUCUUCACCACCCUGGUGGACCUCAAGUGGCGCUUCAACUUGCUCGUCUUCACCAUGGUUUACACUGUCACCUGGCUGUUCUUCGGCUUCAUUUGGUGGCUCAUUGCUUAUAUCCGGGGUGACCUGGACCAUGUUGGCGACCAAGAGUGGAUUCCUUGUGUUGAAAACCUCAGUGGCUUCGUGUCCGCUUUCCUGUUCUCCAUUGAGACCGAAACAACCAUUGGGUAUGGCUUCCGAGUCAUCACAGAGAAGUGUCCAGAGGGGAUUAUACUCCUCUUGGUCCAGGCCAUCCUGGGCUCCAUCGUCAAUGCCUUUAUGGUGGGGUGCAUGUUUGUCAAGAUCAGCCAGCCCAAGAAGAGAGCGGAGACCCUCAUGUUUUCCAACAACGCAGUCAUCUCCAUGCGGGACGAGAAGCUGUGCCUCAUGUUCCGGGUGGGUGACCUCCGCAACUCCCAUAUUGUGGAGGCCUCCAUCCGGGCCAAGCUCAUCAAGUCCCGGCAGACCAAAGAGGGGGAGUUCAUCCCCCUGAACCAGACAGACAUCAACGUGGGCUUUGACACGGGCGACGACCGCCUCUUCCUGGUGUCUCCUCUGAUCAUCUCCCACGAGAUCAACGAGAAGAGCCCUUUCUGGGAGAUGUCUCAGGCUCAGCUGCAUCAGGAAGAGUUUGAAGUCGUGGUCAUUCUAGAAGGGAUGGUGGAAGCCACAGGCAUGACCUGCCAAGCCCGGAGCUCCUACAUGGAUACAGAGGUGCUCUGGGGCCACCGAUUCACACCAGUCCUCACCUUGGAAAAGGGCUUCUAUGAGGUGGACUACAACACCUUCCAUGAUACCUAUGAGACCAACACACCCAGCUGCUGUGCCAAGGAGCUGGCAGAAAUGAAGAGGGAAGGCCGGCUCCUCCAGUACCUCCCCAGCCCCCCACUGCUGGGGGGCUGUGCUGAGGCAGGGCUGGAUGCAGAGGCUGAGCAGAAUGAAGAAGAUGAGCCCAAGGGGCUGGGUGGGUCCAGGGAGGCCAGGGGCUCGGUGUGAGGGAUGCAGCCUCCCUAAGACCUCCUGUCACUGGCUUCAGUGAACACAGACACUGCAGAGCCUGGGAGCAGGGGAGGGGAAUAGUUGAGUGUGCUGUUUGGGGGCUCAGAAGCCAUCAAGGCUGUGGGGAGGAACCAUAAACCCAGCCCUCACAGCUCCCAGCACAGGGCCUCCCUGAGCCAGUGGCAUCCUGCCUGGGCCCCCCAUGGCAGUGCUGCCUCUUGUAGGUGCUGGCUAAGGGCCAGGCCAGGAUGAGUUUCCCCAUGGUGAAUGUUACCGGGUGGCAUCUGUUCUCUCCAUGCCCUGGGUCACUUCCUUUUUUGGGUCUCACAGACCCCUCCAGGGGCUGACACCUAGAGAGAACCAUCACCUUGUCCCCUCAUUCCUUCCACCCUGAGGCUUGCUGUGGAUUCAGAGAGGAGCCUUACCUGAUGAGAGCUCAAACCUCUAGUCUGGGAUGAGCUCACAGAGACCUCAUGAGUUAAGAUCCAUCAAUAUCACAUAGGCAAUUCCUUUUAAAUCAGAUACCAACGACCCAUUACUGAGAGGUACAGAGCGUACAGCCCUUGGUGUUCUCUGCUGUUAUCUGCCAAAUGUGUGUUUUUCCUCUGCUGUGUUCUGUGUGUCCAGUGUAGCCUAUUGGAGAAUCGGUCUCAUUAGAGUGACUCUUAGAAGGUGGCCUGGGACUAGACAGCCCCUCUGAGCACAUGCAUAGUGGCAUCAGCAGCUUCCUGGCCUACUCCCAAUCACACUGUGCCCUGCACCUCCCACCAAGGGGGAACCCCAGCAGCUGGGGCUUUUCUAGUGCUUUUUGGCCCAAGAAUCUCAGAGUGCUUCUAAUCAUCACAGUAGUUUUUGUGUUUUGUUUUGUUUUGUUUUUUUCACAAUCUCAGUCAGCCUGUGGUGUGACCUGGGGAGAAAGUUGAGUGUCAGGGGACAUGAUGAGCCAGUUGGCCCUGAAACAGGAAUGGGGCAAAAAGAAAGGAGAGCCAGGAGCAUUUAAAAAUCAGCAUCUGGGCCAGGCAAGGUGGCUCACGCCUGUGAUUCCAGCAUUUUGGGAGGCCAAGGCGGGUGGAUCAUGAGGUCAGGAGAUCGAGACCAUCCUGGCUAACACGGUGAAACCCCGUCUCUACUGAAAAUACAAAAAAUUAGCCGGGCAUGGUGGCAGGUGCCUGUAGUCCCAGCUACUCGGGAGGCUGAGGCAGAAGAAUGGCAUGAACCCGGGAGGCGGAGGUUGCAGUGAGCCAAGAUCAUGCCACUGCACUCCAGCCUGGGCGACAGAGCAAGACUCCAUCUCAAAAAAAAAAAAAAAAUCAGCAUCUGCCCCAGUUGUGGCCAAGACACUCUGACCUCAGGGCUCAGCACCUUCACCAUCAAGUUCAGCCUGAGCCAAGCUCCCAGCCCACUGCUGAAAAGCCCCUGGGCCUCCCUCCACAGGCAGAGUUACAACCGGGAGGGCUGGGCAGGGAGGGCAGGGAGGAUGCCUGGGGAAGGCAAAGGGAAUGGCUGCCCCUCCCAGGCUGGAAAGAAGAGGGCAAGCGGGGUCAGCAGGAGAAUUCGGGGGCAGGGUGAAUGUUAAGAGAAAAAGAGUAGAGAAGAGCCUGAAAAUCAGCAACUUCCAGGGCUUUUCUGAUCUGGAGGCCCAAGAGCAAGGGUGGAGGGGGGCAGAUUGUCAGGUCCCGAAAUGCGCGUUGACACACACGGGCUUCGGGUUAGCUGGCCUGACAUGGAGAGAGAGUGCCAAUGUUCCCAGGCCACAGAAUUAUGGAGGCCUCACCCACAGUUUUCACAGCUCUCAACUGGCCUUUGAGAAUGGAAGCCUUUUCCUGCCCUGGAUAUGGUGCUUCUUCCUGGGAGAGAAGCAGAGCCACAGAGAGGUAGGAAGUUGAGGCAGAGCAAAGGGAAGGCUUCAGAGCUUAGGCCCGGUUCAUCUCAGAUGUGUUUUCUAGGCCUGGGGCUGAAAGGAAGAGGAGUGGGGCAGCCUGGGAUGGGAACUUCCUCUGUGGGCUGCCCACUCCCAGGGAGGGGCUCCGUAAGCUUUGCUCCUGGGCUGGAUCUUGAGAGGUGGGCAGGGUCUUCCCACCAGUGGCAGGGCGUGCAGUUGUGGUCCCAGGUCUUGGAGGGAAUGGGGAAUGGGCUGGCACCCGGCUCAGGGAAAGCAGAAACAGACAGUGCCCCAGCAGGGGAGCUGCAUGCCCCCAGGAGUCUCAGACAGGCAGCCCAUCACUAAGGCUGGGUGCCUUUCGGCAGAGCUACAGCUGGAGCCCUCCGGCUGAGGCCAUCACUCGCCUGGGACUCCCUGGAUCCCAGGGUUACUAACAGCAAAACCAUUCCACACCCCCUUGCCGGAUCUAAGCCUGUCUUAGGACCAGUCAGUGCCCCCAGGUUAGAGCUCAUGGGGGUCAACUAAGCGAGGGAGGGAAGGCGAAGGCAAAGCUGGCCUUGCACCUGGACAGCGGCCUGGCUCCUCCCCACACCUGCCUUCAUUUAUGACUCUGAAACAUCCCCCACCUGACCAAGGGAGCCACUCUCCAGUUCUCUCACUCCACCAGGGCCCUCCGUGAGCCAGGACCAGGUCACAUCUCUCAGCCAAGUCUAGAAGCUCUGGGUAGAGGAGAGGAAGCGUGCAGGCGGUCCUCUGCCAAAGCUCCCUGCCUGGCCCGAGCCCGGGCAUACUGGGAUUAGUGCAACACCGCCCCAGUGUGCCUCCUCUGCCUUCUACCAUGCCAGUUUAAAAGCAAGAAGACUCCCCCUUCACAUCCUGAGGAAAUCCCCUUCCUGGUGACCAACUGAUGCAAUGAAAGUUUGAAAAGUUCUUCAUUUUCUAGAAGUUCUUGAAUAAACAUGGACUUACUAAAUGCAGAGUCUGAUGAUGGACAGAGUUUCAAGGGGUCACUUUCAAAACAUUUAAUUAAUUUAUUUAUGUGGAGACAGGAUCUCGCUCUGUCACCCAGGCUGGAGUGCAGUGGUACAACCUCAGCUCACUGCAACCUCUGCCACCUCCCAGGUUCAAGCGAUUCUCAUGCUUCAACCUCCUGAGUAGCUGGGAUUACAGGCAUGAGCCACCACGCCCGGCCAUUUUCAAAACACUGCUCCUGCAUACAAACCACUCAGAGGCCACUGCCCUUGGUUCUGUGAUGGCUCUGAGCCCAUGCCAUCACAUCUGAUGGACCCCAGAGAGCUGAGCUGUGGUUUAAGAUGGGGUCAUGCCCUGGUCAUUCCCACAGUCUUGAGUAUCUCCAAAAUCCCAAAGUGAUAUUUCACUUUCGGACCCUGAAAGUUUGGAGAGCUGGUUUCUUGCCUUAAUUUAAGCUCUCUGAGAAUGUCCCCUGUAGGGAGAAGCCUCCAGGAACUCAGAAGAGAACUCGUUCCCACUCGUUUUCCUUGCUCCACCAAUCUGACGCCUGACAGAUGUCACCACUGCCUGAAGGAUCCUGUCCCCAGGCCGGGGCAGAAUGGGCACUGCCUUUGACUCUCCCCUUCAGACUCCCCUCCCACCGGCCUCCUGUGUAGUCAGAGAACCCACUGCCCAUCGCCUCCUGCUGCUGCUUUGAGGUUGAGGUCCUGGCUUGAGCAGUUACCUUGCUGGAGAAGAGGAGCCCCUGCCAUCUGGGGAGCACUGUCCCUGCUCGUGAUCUGUAACAGUGGGGUGCUUUUUCACACCCUUUAUCUCACGGCUUGCUUCCAGCCCCCAUCAAUCCUGUGCCUCAUGUGAGGUGAGCCCCAGAGAAACUUAAAUUGCUUGUACUGAAGUUGCCAAAAACCAAAAGUUGCCCAUUGUCAUUUUUAAGACUGUGCCCUGAACACACCUCUGCCCGUGCGCCAUGGAGCAUGGGUUAGGUGCCUGCCGUGGGUCAGGCACUUGAUUCUCAAAACACUGCCGAGAAGCUCUCACCAACGUGACAGUUGAGGCUGAGAGAGGUUCAUGAGCUUGCUCAAGGCCACGGGUAGUAAUAAGAGGCAUGGCCUUGGUGCCAAGUGCCUGCCAAGCAAACAGCCAGGGCCGUGAUCCUGCCUAAACUCUUGCAUCCACGGCACCACGCUGGGCCCAGGCAACAGAGAUAAGGAGAGCCCUGGCUCUUGGGAUGGGGUCGCGCCGAUUCACGUGCUGUGCCGCGGAGCCCCGGCUUCCAUCCAUGAUGUGCCCCUGUGGCGGGAUAAUUGGGAAACAACCUUUUUCUGAUUCCCAGAGAACUAAUGAGCUGCAAAAAGAGAUUAGACAGGGAAGAAUUGCUUUCGGGGAGAAGCCACUUACUCGGCUCGCCUUGGUUUUUGCUAACAACGUCUCCUUAAACUGCUGUCAAAUCUUUUUCUCCCUGUGUAGGAUUCAUCAAUCUUCGUAUGCAAAAGAACACCACUGCACUGCACUGCUAAAAAUUCACACAAUAAAAUGGACUUUAACUUGCAGAACUCUUUCUCAUUUUAAACGGACGGCCACUAGUUGCCCGUUUAAACUCAUUGCCAGUUGUGGAAACCUUGUCCUUCUUGGUUUUGUUAGCCUAAAAAUGUAGUAUCAACAUCUAGACUGGUUUCGAGGUGGGAGAAUGGGCAAAGGUGGGGAGGAGAGAGCCGGAUAGGGGCAGCUGCAACCAGGUGUUGGCAGGCAGAGCAGGCGGCAGAUGCGGAAGCUAUGGGCAGCAUGGGUUCUCACACUAAGUCAUUCAUGCCACCCCCAAAUAACUUCUGUACAUUCUUUAAUGUCAAAUAUUCAGAACCCACAUUACCUAUGUAAUGAGUAACUUUAAAAAUAUCUACUUCAGGGGGCCCUUGGACUAACAUUCUGCUGCCAGGGCAUACAUUUGCAAAAGGAUCGUUCUUGCUGAACAGUGGGAAAGGGGCAGAGGAGUCUGUGAUAUCUAAUGUUGGCAAAGGAUCUCAGGAUCUUUCAAGAGAAGUCCCAAAGUUUCUGUUGAAAAUGUCCUUAGCAGUAGAGGAUGUAAGAUUGGAUUCUCUUCUGCUCUGGUCACCCAAUGGCAAUAUCGAAGAGCCGAUAUUUACUGAAAAUCCCUCAGGUACACCAUACUGAAAGGAUAAAGUGGCUCACCAGGGCUCUGAUUCAAAAUGAGAAGCAGUAUUUCCAGUUGGGAAAGGCAGCACAGCUCUGAUGUGUGUGGGGGCAUUUCCCACAUCUGGCCCCAUGGCCCACCCACUGUAACCAGGCAUCAGCAAAUCUGUGCAUGGGACUUGGGCCAAAAGCACGUGCUGAGCCUCAAAAUCAGCCAUGAGCAAAACUACCUGAUGACUCUGAGGGUGAAUUGCCUUCAGGGUGGGAAAGACCCAUGCAAAGGCCAGGAGCUGCGGGGAUGGCCCUUGCCUGGGGAUUGCACUACAAUUACUGUUCAGUGUCAGAAUGGAGACAUGAGGUCAGGAGAAACAAUGAAUCUGUGAAUUUGCACAUUUGUCAGUCAAGCUCGGAUUGCAAUUUGAGGAAGGAGAACUAGACACAUAAUCUAAUAAAAGCAACAAUCUGAAUGUUACCCUUAGAAAACCCACUUGGGGCCGGCCGGGCACGGUGGCUCAUGCCCGUAAUCCCAGCAUUUUGGGAGGCCGAGGUGGACGGAUCACAAGGUCAGGAGAUCGAGACCAUCCUGGCUAACAUGGUGAAACCCCGCUGCUACUAAAAAUACAAAAAAAAUCAGCCGGGCGUGGUGGUGGGCACCUGUAGUCCCAGCUACUCAGGAGGCUGAGGCAGGAGAAUGGCAUGAACCCGGGAGGCGGAGCUUGCAGUGAGCCGAGAUCACAUCACUGCACUCCAGCCUGGAUGACAGAGUGAGACUCCGUCUCAAAAAAAAAAGAAAACAAAGAAAAAAUGAAGAGAAAACCCACCCAGGCCCAGAAGAUGUGCUCUGCUGGUUCCAGUCAGAAGACCAACGCCAACGCAUGCAGAGCAGAUGUCUCCUUAGGCCUUGUUAGAUCCCAGCAAUAAAGCGUGCUGACUUUCUUAUGGUAAAUAAAUGUCUAGGAAGGAGUUUUGAAAACAGAAACAUUGCUGACUUUUUCUCUAAGUGAGUAUUUACGUUGACUCAGAAGCUGCUAUUCAAAUAACCUUGGCUCACUUGGUGGAGGCAAAAAUCCCGCAUCCCAGAGGAGAAAUUACUGAGAAUUGGACACAUUAACAUAUACUUUGAGCUUCAUUUUUCUACCAAGUAAGCAAAAGUGUAAGUGGAGAGAUCCUCGGCUGUGCUGGGUGAGGCUGCAGCAGUGAGCGAGGACGAGGUGACGUGUAGGUUCACUGAGGACUCGUGUGUGUGCGCCCACAGGAUGCCACAUUCCAAAUCACCUCUUUUAUUUAUUUAUUUAUUUUUGAGACAGAGUCUUGCUCUGUUGCCCAGGCUGGAGU